CUGUUAAAGACAAUCUUGUCCUUAGAUACAUCAUAGAUGUCCCAUUUCAUAUGAUUGAAAGCCAAUUUCCAGCAUCAAUCAAUCAUGUGCAGAGCAAACUCAUUCUUAUGUUUCCUCCAAAUUAUGGUUGUUGCUAUGCUACUGCAUCAUCAUCAAACAUGUGAUGCAACAAAUAGUAAUAUUAAUAAAACUUGUCCCCCUUCUUCAUGUGGCAAAAUCAGCAACAUAAAGUAUCCCUUCCGACUUAAGAAUGAUCCAGCAACCUGCGGUGAUCCGAGGUACGAGUUAUCCUGCGAAAAAAACAUCACAAUGUUAAAGCUGCUUUCUGGUAAAUACCAUGUAAAAUCAAUCAACUACAAUAACUACACAAUUCGGUUAGUUGAUCCUGGAAUAAAAGAAGGUGAUUGCUCUUCAAUUCCCCGGAAUUUCCUAACCUCAUCAAAUUUCACAAGUUCUUACAAUUAUACUUACUACGAGGAUCCAUAUCAAAAUUUCCAGUACAGAAUACCUUCUGGAACAUUACGACUAUUCCAGCACGUAGUUUACAUGAAUUGCAGCAAUCCUAUACUGGAUGAUCCAGCGUACGUGGAUGCAGAUUCUUGCAUCAAGUCCAAUUCCCAAGGUGGCCAUGUUUAUACCAUUGCUGGAGAUUUGAAGGUUGAAAACAUAAAACAUGAUUGCCAUGUGGCGGCUGUUACCGCGAUAUCUUUUCUCGGUUAUGAUUAUAGUUCGUAUAAACGGGACAUUUUCUAUCAGAAGUUUUCGUAUAAUGAAAUUCAUACGAUGUUGUUGGGUGGAUUUGAGGUUGCAUGGAUGAGUGGUCCUUGUGAAGAUCUUUGUAGAGAACCACCUUGCUAUUUGAGGGAAACCACUUGGAGUCUUAGAUGCAGCGAUCAUGGUGAUUACUGUAUAACCACAAUGGGAUUUCAUGUUGAUUGUGGAUCUCCGUCAAAGCUGCGAAUGUUUGUCGAAGGUAUUAUGUAUGGCAUUGCCAGAGGAUUCAUGCAAGCAUUUGGUGCGACGAUAUACAAUGGAUCAAGGGGUAUUUCUCAAUCUAAACUUGGUAUUGACAUAGGAACAACCAUUGGAAAAUAUGUUUUGGCCCCGUACAUUUUAGUGAGACUUAUGUUGGGUCUUGUAGUUUUCUUUGCAAAAUUGAUACAUAAAUAUCGAAUAAGGCAUACAUCAAUGUAUGAAAACAUCGAAGAUUUUCUUCAAGGGAACUCCCUCAUGCCAAUUAGGUAUUCAUACACAGAGAUAAAGAAAAUGACUAAUGGUUUUAAGGACAAGUUGGGUGAAGGAGGCUAUGGUAAGGUUUAUAAGGGAAAGCUACGCAGUGGGCCAUCGGUAGCCAUAAAGAUGUUGGGUAAACACAAGGGUAAGGGAAAUGGGCAAGAUUUCAUCAAUGAAGUUGCAACAAUAGGAAGAAUACAUCACACCAAUGUGGUGCGACUUAUUGGAUUUUGUGUUGAGGGAUCAAAAAGAGCUCUUGUUUAUGAUUUCAUGCCCAAUGGCUCUCUUGAUAAAUAUAUAUCAUCUAGAGAAGAUCAUAUUUCCUUAACUUAUAAACAAAUAUAUGAGAUAUCUCUUGCCGUUGCACGUGGAAUUGCUUAUUUGCAUCAAGGUUGUGACAUGCAAAUUUUACAUUUUGAUAUCAAGCCUCAUAACAUACUUCUUGACCAGGACUUCAUUGCAAAGGUUUCAGAUUUUGGUCUUGCAAAACUUUAUCCUAUUGAAAAUAGCAUUGUAACUAUGACCGCUGCUAGAGGUACAAUUGGUUACAUGGCACCAGAAUUGUUCUACAAAAAUAUUGGUAAAGUUUCCUAUAAAGCCGAUGUGUAUAGCUUUGGAAUGCUCUUAAUGGAAAUAGCAAACAGGAGAAGAAAUUUAAACUCAAAUGCAGAUGAUUCAAGCCAAAUUUUCUUUCCCUAUUGGAUUUACAAUGAAUUGGUUGAAGAAAGGGAGAUAGAAAUAUUGGGAGAAGUUACGGAUGAGGAAAAAAAAAAUGUGAAGAAAAUGUUCAUAGUUGCUUUGUGGUGUAUACAAUUGAAGCCCAAUGACCGUCCUUCAAUGGACAAAGUAAUAGAAAUGCUUGAAGUAGAUAUUAAAGACAUUAAAAUUCCUCCAAAACCUUCUCCAUAUCCAACUGAAAUUAUUCAAGAUAAUGGAGUUAGCUCUAAUGAAUCAUUAUCAGAUGAUGAUGUCACCGGCUCAAUUAGUUUUCUUGAGGAAACUAUGGAGCAUCCUUUACUAUAGUACUAAACUACUUAUGAUAAUGAUUACUAGCGAUUGGUCUCUUAUUUUUAUUCAGCAUUUAAAUUUCACAUUUUUAGUGAAAUAUUUUGAUCCUUUUAAACUAUAUAUCUUAUUUGUUUUUCCUAUUUAGGAAAUAUAUCUUAUUUGUUGUCACUUGACUACUCAUUUCUAAUUGUGGACAUAAAUCUUUUUAUCCUUUAUAAGAUUCACUAUGACUUGAAUCUUUGGUGGCUCUAUCCGCUUAGUUGUGUUGGCCUUUUAGCCAUUUGAUGCUUUUCUUUGGCAGUUUUUGUUUAUUAUUUUACUUUGACU